GAACCUGAAGGACGCGGAUGCUGUACUUGGACCCAGUUCACUGUCUUACGUGGUAAUCCAAGAAGAGAAUGACCCUUAGAUCGUCUGUAAAAAUGGGCCGAGGCAGAGCUCCCUGCUGCGCGAAAGUGGGACUCAACAAGGGCUCAUGGACUCCAGAGGAGGACAUGCGGCUCAUUGCCUAUAUUCACAAGUACGGCCAUGGCAACUGGCGAGCUCUCCCGAAAUUUGCAGGGCUUCUGAGAUGUGGAAAGAGCUGCAGACUAAGGUGGAUCAAUUACCUUAGACCUGAUAUAAAGCGUGGUAACUUUACCAAAGAGGAGGAGGAUACCAUUAUCAAGCUCCACGGAUUACUAGGAAACAAAUGGUCUAAGAUUGCAUCUUGCCUACCGGGUAGAACUGAUAAUGAGAUCAAAAACGUGUGGAACACCCACUUGAAGAAAAGAUUGGCGCCUAAGGAGGAAAAAUCAGGAGAAAACCCUGAAGAAAUUCCAAGCUCACCGUCGUCAAUAACUACUGCCUCUGUUUCUGUGUCAUGCUCUGAUGAAGGUGAGAGCAAAAAAGAGAAAGAGCAAAAUGACAAGGAACAGCAUGAAGCUAUGGAUGACAAAAUUGACAAGAUUGAGUUAUCCGUUGAGCCCAAUCUGGACAUGUGGGAUAUGUUGGAGGAUUCUUCUUAUUCAGAAAUAACACACGAAAAUGUUGAACCUCCCUCCUCCGACGUGCGAGUAAAAGGUGAUGACGGUAAUACUCUGGUCGACUUGCCCGAGAUUCUGAUCGAGCCAGAGAUUUGGAAUAUGAUCAAUGAUGACUUAAAUAUUGCACUGACAAGGGACACUACUGCUGCUGCUACACCACGAACUCAUCAUCAAAACAUCAAAGCUAAGGGUGAAGAUGAGAAAGAGAGAUGGCUGCAAUACUUAGAGAAGGAGCUAGACUCGUGGGAAGAGUGUGCCGCUGCUACUGCACAGGUGGAGGGGGCAGACCCAGUGGCAAGUUAUUUUCAAGCACUGCAAGCUUCACCCUCACCUUUAGAUAUCUUAUAUUGAUUACAAGUGCCCUCGUGCAAUGGUUACAAGGAAUAUGACUGCAAGAAAAUGCGCUUGCUAAAAAAUUAUA